ACCAGCAUUAGCUUUUAAAGUCAACUCCCUUAUUUUGGGACAAAUAUUGAGACACUUAUGAAUUUUAAAACCGGUGAAAAUGCAAUUUUUGCCCAAUUUGUUUUUAAAUCCCAGGAUGAAACUUUCAUAAACUCCUUCAUCGUGAUCCUAUUUUCAAAAGCUCUCCUCACAUCCACGAUGAGUUUGGACAAACUCUUUCACCAAAUCCUCCGGGCAGAACAACACUUCAGUGAGCAGACUCAGAAGUUGAAAGAAGUGAAAGCAGCCAUCAUCAGAAGCAACUCUCAGUUGAAAGCUACCACAGAAACGUACCAGAAGACCACUGAAGAACUUGAAGUGAAGGACCUGCAGUUGUCUGCGAUGAGGGUGCAGUGGGACUUGAUGAAGAAAUGUAAUGAGCAGAUAUCCCAGAAAAGCGAGGAGCUCCUCGGCGACAAAGCUCACCUCCAAGAACGUCUGGCAAGGAUGAAGACGACGUUGAAGGACAAGGAGCGAGAAUUCCUGCAGGAGAUAUCCAGCUUCAACUGUGAUUUCAGUCUCUGCGGGAGCACAGAGAUGAGCGGCCAUACGCUCGCGGACAUCCUCAACCUGGACAUGGAGGUGGACUCUUUGUACAAAGACUCAGUCAUGGAGGAGAUGAUCCAGAGUAACUGUCAAGUUAGCGACUUACUGAAACGGAAAAGGAGUCUCCAGCUUGAACUGCAGGCCCUCAAAAGCGUACACGCAGACUUGGAGCGGGAGCUGAGCGAGGCCAAAGAAAUGACAGCAGUUCUGCGGGCCGAAAGCCACGCUGCCGGUCAGAAGGCUUUCACGGACAGCGCCGUAGUCACGCUGAGGAAGGAGCUGGAGAUGCACCAAGAGGGGGACAUGGAACUCCUGCUGGAGACCCUCAAGAUGGAAGUACAACACCUCCAGAGCAAGGUGGACAGCCGGAAGGGCGGCGAGAAGACUUAG